GGGAGUUCGAGGUUGUUUGAUGCCAUAUAUCUUUGGCCUUUUGGUUUGCAUAUAAAAGUCCAUAGUCUAAGGUCCUUGCACAGUUCGCUGCAGCCAUGGCUUUAUGGACGCUGUUGUUAGUGCAAUUCACGUUCUUGUACCUAGGUACACAAGGUCAAGGCGGACCAAUAGUAGAAGUAGGAGUUGGCUCAACAGUCAGAGGGGUGGAGGAGUUUAUGCCCAACUCUAAUAAACCAGUCUACAACUUCAUGGGGAUUCCCUUCGCGGCGCCACCUAUAAAUAACCUUAGAUUCCAACCGCCGCAGGAAAUUCCUCUCUGGACGGGGGAACUUGAUGGGACCGAUUAUGGUGAUAUUUGUCCCAAUGCUUUCCCAUGGCUUCCGGCUAUAAGUGAAAAUUGCCUCUUUCUGAAUGUCUGGACGCCAUCGACCUCGCAGAACUCCAACAUGGCCGUCAUGGUCUGGAUGGCUGGAGGGGGUUUACAAUUUGGUGAUGGCGAUAUAUACGAAGGGACUGAAUUAGCAGCUCUAGAAGAUGUUGUGGUAGUCACGUUUAACUUUAGAGUUGGCGUAUUGGGCUUCUUAACUAUGGGUGAUUCGAACGCACCAGGAAACGUAGGAAUUCUAGAUCAAAGAAUGGCCUUCCAAUGGGUACAGCGACACAUUCAAAGUUUCGGAGGAAAUCCUGAUGCAGUCACCAUUUUUGGAGAAAGUGCAGGGGCAAUGUCGGUAUCUUAUCAUUUGGUAUCACCGAUGAGCCGAGGUCUUUACUUGAGGGCGAUAGGGCAAAGUGGCGUCUCAACAUCAUGCGGGACAAUGUGUGUCGUUCCAACAGAAGUGGCCGUAAACCGCAGUUUCGUGAUCGCACAAAGUGUUGGGUGUCCCCAACGCGAUUCCGCUGGGGUCAUUGCAUGUCUUAGAAACCUCGACUGGGAAGACAUUGAAGAUCAUUCAUUCGAAUACCUGCCAGGGCCAUACAUGGACGGUACUUUUUUCACGGACUUUCCCCUCAGCACGUACAGCACGGGAGAAUUCAACAGAGUCGAUUACCUCCUCGGCUUUAAUCACGAUGAAGGCUACAUGGCUCUCGGAGAUUUAGAGCCUAAUCGCGAAAACAUAGCAGCGCUAAUCAGGGACAACCUUGCCGCGACAUACCCAGAGAAUCUAGAUGCGAUCCACCAAGCAUGUAUGGACGUCUAUGUUGAUUAUGAUUCAAUGGUGACAGAUGAGGAUUAUGAGAGGGCCUAUUCUUAUUUACUGGGGGAUAGAGGUUUCGCUGGUCCUAGUCAUGACGUUGCUAGGAAACAUUCAAUACAUGCCAGGACGUUCCUUUACCUAUUUAACCAUCGUCCACAGUGGCUCGAUCUGCCUGCUUGGGUAACAGCUGUACAUGCCUCAGACAUUCCAUAUGUGUUCGGAGAACCAUUUACAGACUCAUUGCUAGAGUUCAACGAGGCUGGCAGAGCACUCAGUCGACAAAUGAUGACCUACUGGGCAAACUUCGCUAAAACUGGGGACCCAAACGGCAAUGGGCUCCCCGUUUGGCCUCAGGUGAACUGUUCAUCAAGCCAUCAUAUGGAACUUGUGGAAAAUCCUAGAGCAGGGGAGCGGUUUCAAACAGCGAGAAUGACACUAUGGAUGGACACAAUCCCAGCGUUGGACACAUCUCGCAUUUACAGAGGAAUGCCAUGGGCCUGUCCCUCUUGAAGUACUGCGCUAUGGUUGAAAGAAAGUGUCUCGACUUGGUUUUUGGGCCAUGUCUAAGUGUGUUUUGAGUAUGUUUACUUUUUUUAGUUACUAGUAUUCUUCGUUCACAUUCCAUGUUACUGUUACCAAUAAAGUGCUAUUUCCAAAUGAA